CGCACAGGUAUGGCGAGCUCCCUGCUGCCGCUUCUGCUUUUAAAUCUACUGAUGCUAACGAAACCUUCGGAUUUCUUUACUUCCCGGGUCACCCCUGCAGAUAUGAUGACCCUGUCAUGGUCUGUGGAGAGCGAUCUGGACGCCCUCCCUCGCAAGUCUGUACCGAGUUCUCUCUUCAACUCCGACUCCUCCACGGAACCGCCCAACACCUCCUCCACCCCCCUGAGUUUGAAGACAGACUCCAGCACCUCCACCAGCACCUCAAGUUCAGGGGCAACCCGCACCCCCCAGCCUAGCCCCUCCAGCACCCCCACCAGCACAACUGCCGAGCCCCGCACAGUGUUUUCUGAGAAGUUUUCCGCAGCAGCUGGAGAGGGGGUCCGCGGGGCCCCAUUUAAAUAG